GUUCUGCUUUUUUCUUUUUAUUCGAAGAGAUGUCUGUCUUUGAAGACGAUUCCUUCGUCAUACUCAACGAUGAUGCGUCUGAGUCUGUUCCAGUCUCAGGCUCUUUUGACGCCACUGAUUCUUUCUCAGCCUACGACGGCUCAGUCCAAGUCGAUGACUCCGUCGACGAUGUCUUUGCAGCGCCUUCUUCUGACUACGGUGCUUACUCGAACGGUGACGGCGUCUUCGGAUCCAACGGUGAACACGACGGUCCUAUCUUGCCACCACCGUCGGAGAUGGAAUCAGACGAGGGAUUUGCUCUUAGAGAAUGGAGAAGACAUAAUGCAAUUCAACUUGAAGAGAAGGAGAAGAGAGAAAAGGAAUUGUUGAAGCAAAUUAUUGAGGAAGCUAAUCAAUACAAAGAAGAGUUCCAUAAGAAGAUUGAAGUAACUUGUCAAAACAACAAAGCAGCUAACAGGGAGAAGGAAAAGUUAAUUGUGAUCUUUGAUACCUUUUUAGCUGCAUAUUGCAAUGUUACAGUUUUGGUUAAACUUUCGCUUACGUGUUUUGUUUGUCUUUUAACACUUAAGCUGUAUCUGGAGAACCAAGAGAAGUUAUACGCGGAAUCUAGCAAGAAUUACUGGAAGGCAAUAGCAGAGCUAGUUCCUAAAGAGGUUCCAACAAUAGAGAAAAGAAGAGGAAAGAAAGACCAACAAGACCCUAAGAAGCCAUCAAUCUCUGUGAUUCAAGGUCCAAAGCCCGGUAAGCCAACCGAUCUAACAAGAAUGAGACAAAUAUUGGUGAAGCUCAAACACAACCCACCUUCUCACCUGAAGCUCACUUCUCAACCUCCAUCGGAUGAGGCGGCUGCUCCUCCAAAGAAUGUUCCCGAAACCAAGCCCACUAAGGCCGUUACUGCUGCUUAAAAACCUCUUUGGUUUUCUUAUUCAUUGCUUACAUCUUGUGUGAAUUUGGUCUUUGCAUUUCAUUAUGUGUUAUAAACAGCUGAGAGAUCU